CUCACCCACUCCUUCAGUCGCAUCGGAAGUUGAGAAAGUUCACCCAUUUUCCCCGGUGUCAUCAUUUUUCCCCAGCUGGAAAACUAGCUAGCUUUUCUGUUCGUCAUGGCGAGAGGAUCAUCUUCAUCUCCAAAAGUAGCCACUGUGAGCCAAGUGUGCGAGACAGGUUGCAGCUCACGACUAUACAGAAUCUUGAAUUUUCGGGAAGGUCAAGCCACGAAAAAUUUGGUCUCUAAUUCCAGACGCUCCAAUAUACAUGCCAUUGCUGCAGAACAUGGAAACCCAGGAAGUAGGCCGGAUGUUCUCACCAUAGUUGACGAAAAGAACUCUCAAAAUCACACUAAAGUAAGUUUUAAGAGAAAAUAUUAUUUUGGUUGCAAGAGUAUAAGCUGUGUGAAGAAUGAUCAGGUAGCAAUAGUUCAUAGGGGAAAUGAAGCAACAAAAAAGGUUGUAGCUCGGAAUUUCAUCAACGGGAAAUAUCUGUGCAAAGAUGGAGCAAUCUCCCAACCUUAUCAAUUCUUAGAUGCUUUACAGAUUUUAUACUCAAACAAGGAGCUCUUCCUAAGACUUGCUCAAGAGCAGAACUCUCUAUCAGGAAAAGAACAGUACCAGGCAGGGCAAAAAAUGUUGACCAGAUCUUCCUUUGAAUCCAGAUGGAUGAACUCUCAGAGAAGUCAUGCAACUCAGUGUGAAGCUCCAUAUGCUGGUUGUCACUAUCCCCUUCAUUCUCAUGGUACGCAUAAUUAUAAUGUGCCAUCUGGGGAGCAUUCAUAUUUUCAGUUUUCUCAUGCAAAGAGAAAGCUAACUCAUGCGCUGGGAGUAAAGAAAAAGGGACACAGGUUGGGUACUGCUAAUAAAAGGACGCAUAAAUUUCCCUAUAGUUGCCAAGGAAUUGAAGCUGGUGGUGACGAAGCCGAGGGAUUGGAGAGUGUUAGGAGGAAAUCAGCUAGCGGUGUCCAUUCUGCUUUUGCAAAAGUAGGGAAGCUAUCACUUGAUUCCAAGAAGAGAGAGAAGAUGAAGAUAAGAGCCUUUAUGUUAUGUCGAGGAAAGAAUGAUGCUUCAGUUCAUGGGUGUUGUGGUAGGAACAUAACACAAGGCUCAGUCAGCCCUUCACUGCAGAAUAUACACACCACGCAUGUUGAAGCUACGAAAAAUCUAUCUGAGAUAUUAAAUUGCAGAAUUGAGGAGCAGCACAAUAAUGAGCCACCAGGGGACGUUGUGAAGACAGUUAAAGAUGAGUUACAUUGUUUCAGUAAAAAUGUCGAAAUGAAUCCUCCUGACAAUGGUUACGCAUAUAAUGGGAUUCCAACAGGUUCUGAGAAAUUCAUAAAAUCUGGCCAUGAGUUGCAUUCGAAAGGAAGUAGACAUAUGGAUGUGCCCUCUGACCAAGAUAGCAAAGACAUGGACAGUCCUACUCAGAGCUCUGACGUGGAUAGUACAAGUGCAGGAAAUGGAUCUGAUAUGGAUUCACCUAAUGUGGCCGAGGAUCCGAGCUCCUCACCAGAAGUUGCUUCAUCAAGCUCUUCGUCAUGUCAGACUGUAAAGGAUGCUAUGGAUAUAACAAACAUGAUCGAUGAUCACCUUAAUGCUGACUCUGCUACUGGGCAAGUUGUAAGGGAGGAAGUCACCAAUCCACCAACUGUGGCCUCCCAACCUGUUGAGUUGCCAAUUCAGCCAGUGAAUGAUAAUUCUGGAGAUCACCACUCUGCUGAUCUUCCAAGAUGCUCUUCGGACCUAGCGAAUAAUCUAAUUACCUCGAUAGAGUCAGAUUGCGACAGAGAAAUUUUGCAGGCGUUGAGCCUGAAAUGGGAUGAACUGGUGAUGAACUGCGAGUUACCAGACCAACUAAUGCAUCCAUCCCCCUUGGAGGAGCUAAAAGGGUUUAUGCACAAACUCUCUGGCAGUGCAAUCUUAUUUGACUAUGUCAUGGAAGUCUUCAUGGAUACAUACCAGCAAUUAUGUAGAUUCCCACGUCAUAUUUCAAUUGGGAAACCAAAUGUCCAAUCAUAUGUCUUGAAGAGAAUGAUGGUUGAUGAAGUUAAAGAAUUCAUCGACUUGCAUCAUCACCAACGCCAUCAACCACCAAGAACGCUAGAACAGAUUCUCGAAAAGGACUUGGCCAGACGGCGAUCAUGGCUAAAUGUUCAAGUUGAUAUUGAUGAUACUGUGACAGAAGUGCAGGAAGAUGUUCUCCAAGAACUGAUAUUGGAAAUCAUAUCGGGGAUGGAUACCACAGAAGUGUGAUACAUCGUGACAUAUGUUAGCCUCUAUGUCAGCAACCUCCAUCAGUCGUGGGAUUAUUGUGCCGCUUACUAGGGUCUCAAAAUGUUGCCGGGCACUAAAUUUAUUUAAGCAUAAGUUUUCUCAUUUGGUUCUGAAGAAUGAAACAAGCUGCUGAAUUGUAAGUUGAAAUCUGCUUUUGUGCUGUUGAUGAGGUCUAAUUAGAUUCUAUAUAAGGAAUCAAUAUAAUCAAACUGUCCGUGUAAUUAGAUUGAGCUUUCAAGAAACACGGAACCCCAAAACAUAGUGUUAAUAGAGGGCACAUCGAUUACUCUUUUUAUGAGAACAUCCUCCAUUCUAUUUUAA